UUCUGAAACAGGUUAAUCUAUUCUAUGAUAAAUUAAUUAACCAAUUAUACAAUUUUAUGUAUUAAGUGUUUUGUUUUUACUUUUUUUUUAUUGGAGAUACAUAUAAUGUACUCUACAAGAAGUGACAUUAGCUGAUUUCUAUUCAUACCCCUUGUGAAUAGGUGGUAUCUUUAAACGCCUUAGAGUGAAUUAUAAGGAGAAAAUGACAUCGCGUUCUGGACUAGUGCGUCUCUUUGGACAGUGACUCGCGUUUAUGAAAUGGCGGACCAUCAGGUUCUUGUAGUCCUGACACGGAUAACACUAUGUCUAUCCUGUUUAAUUUAUUGUGGUGUUAGUCAACCGAACGAAGCCUCCAACCGCUUAUCAGCAGAUAUCAAGAAAAACUACAACAAAAUGAUUCGAGGAGUAGAAGAUAUGAGAGAGCUUACCCCUCUGUAUUUUUCGUUUAAUCUGAUUCGCAUUGCGGAAUUUGACGAAGUGAACGGAAAACUAUCAGUAGUGGGAUAUUUUGUUGUAUAUUGGAUUGAUUACAGGAUGAAAUGGGAACCAGAAAAAUAUAAUUACACUUAUAAUAUUCUUUUUGAGGAAAAGGAAGUAUGGAGACCCCUAGUUGUUUUAGCUUCACCCCAAGAUGAGUUCAAAAGACUUGGGGACGAUGACAAUUUCUUUAUUAGAUAUAACAACGAGGGUCGCGCAGAAUGGUAUCCUGGAGAUAUUUGGGCAUCAUCAUGCACACCAGAUAUGUACAAAUACCCCUACGAUACACAGUCUUGCUUGAUAUCCUUUGUCAUUUGGGGCUAUAGCACACAAGAAGUCACGGCUAUUGCUUUAUCCGACAAAAUCAGUUUGCACGUGUACUCUUCUCAUGGUAUGUGGGAUUUGAUAGACACAUCAGUGAAGUCCGGCAUCGACAGUGAACGGGGACUGACGUUAAUAGAGAUUACUUUAUUCUUGAAGAGGAUUUCCACCUUUCACAUGAUUAACAUGAUUCUUCCUAUUGUGUUUGUUGGAUUGCUCAAUAUCCUUGUCUUCCUUCUUCCUGCUCAGUCCGGAGAAAGAGUUGGUUACUCCAUCACAGUGUUACUUGCCAUUGCAGUUUUUCAAACAAUCGCGUCUGACAAUCUUCCAAGCGUUUCUAAGCCUAAUCUGUCUUUGCUUUGCAUUAAACUGUUAGCAGACCUAAUUCUGAGUGCUUUGGUGAUGACGUUGACAAUAAUAACGUUAUAUUUUUAUCACAUGCCAGAAUCUCGCAGAGUUCCUUCGUGUAUUGCAGCUAUAACUAGAUUUGUGUUGUGCAGAACAUGUUGUAGAAACAAGGCUAAUGACACUACCAAAGACAAGUACGACGAACACAUAAUCGGAAAUGGAAUCGUCAUGAAAGAAUCUGUGUCAAACAGUGGUCACCAUCAGACUGAGGUCACAUGGACAGAUGUUGGUAAAAGCAGUGAUAUUGUCUUUGCUGUGUUUUCUUUAUUGACCUUUAUAGGGUCAAAUAUCGUAUUUUUGGUCUAUGCAGUGUUUUAAAAAUUUAAAAAUUUUGUCAAUAAGUCUCUGCCUGCAAUGUUACUUAUCAGAAGCGUCGUCUAACUAAAUGUGUAUGAAGCCAAUGAGACGCUGUACAAUUGUUAAUAAUAGUAAUACGAAAGACAUUACCUGAUAAAGAAUUUAUUAAUUAUGGAGGCAAAAUUUGCUGCAUGCGAUCAAUUUAUAUUUCAUUUUCAAUGCAAUAAGAAAUGUAUUUAGGAACAUUAAGGAAAUCUUUUUUUGUGUGUGUGUUAAUUAUGGAUGUCGCAGUAAGUGCUGGCACGAAAAAAAAUUGCCGGUGGAAGGCUGCAAAGAAAAAGCUAUGGUUUCAAAUGAGGUAAUAUAGACCACAUGCAUCGACCACAAAUGUUUUGACAAAUGUGAUUUUUCAAAGAAUUUUACACAAUAUUUACAAAAAUUGAAGUGGGCGACGGCUGUGGAACUAUUUUCUUAAGGAAAAGUACACCUGAAACGAGUCAAUUUAAGGUUUUUUUAACUAAGAAAAAUGUUAUUUACAUAAAAAAAAAACAUUAAAAUGAUGCAUGUGGUCUUUAUUAUCCGAAAGAAAAUUCCACUGAAAGUUGAUGUCUUCUGGAACUUUGUAAAAAGAAUUAUAGGAAAAUUCAAAAUUACACAACGUCACAAAUAGAAUUUAGAAGAUACUCUGAGAAAAUAAAAUGGUUUCUAUGAUCUUACUGCAUAUGAUUUCAACGAUUCAGAAAGCAUGAUUUUCAAUUACUUACAUCACUGUAAUAUUUAAGAAAAAAUACAGGGCCAGAUUUGAAUUGAAACCAUACCUUUUUCUUUCCAACCCUACACCGGCAAAUGGUGGCGUCUCGAUAUGAAUGGAAAAUUCUCAAAGGGACGUCAAACAAGCAAACAAACAAACAAAAAAUUGCCUUCCAGAAAAAAAUGUAAAAAUCAACAAAGUAUGAUGAAUAGAAAUUAUUUGCUUACUUAAAUGUGGGAAAACACCUAACUAGAGUAUUCAGUUAUUCUUUAUCUUGGUUUAAAAUGUUAAAAUACUUCAAUAUAUUACAAGUUACAAGUAUGUAGAACCAUAGAUUUCAGUUUAUUCAAAUUUAAGGAAGUCCAAUUCUCAGGUUCUGAAAUUCAACUUUUAAGUAAUUGAAAAUGCUCACAAAAAUGUCUCUGAUUUCACAUAGUAACAUGAAUUUACCCAUGGAAUUUCUUCAAAGUUCAUCAUUACAGUUAAUCAUAUUAUAUAGGGAAAAUUAUCAAAUCUCAAAUACAUUUUCAAGAAAUGAGAAUAAGAAAACCAGCUAUGCAUUUUCUAAUUGAAAAUUGAUUAACAGAUAUAAUUUGGGUUAGAAAAAUAUAGGUAUCCAGGCAUUUGGAGAAAAUUGUAUCUUUUUUAUGCUUAUACAAUAUUUUAGUUCUUCUUUUUAGUUCAAUUCUCAUAUGAUACAUAAUGUAAAAUGUUUGUGCUAUCAUUGCUAGACAUCACAUAUCACAUCGAAUUUCAUAUCAUGCUAAUAAGCAGUCGUAUCUAAUGCUAGACAAAAGGAACUUCAAUUUCUCUAGAAAUGAAUUAAUUUUUAUCUUUUAUGGGGUAUAAAUGUCAACUUUUUACCUGACCGUUUCUAAGACUUCAAAGAACCUUGAAUCAUAUCAAGAUGCAUCAAAUGAAAAUUGUUGCAUGAAAAGAUUUCAAUUUCAAGCUUUAUUUUGAGACUUUUUAAAUAAAAUAAUAAAUUUAAGAGUAAUCCUUCUUGGCUGAGUAUCGGAUAUCCUUAAGGACACUCCAUAUACGAUAAUUUUUUAGGGACAUAAGGAGUUCUGUAAAUAUUGAGUUUAUCUAAUUCAAUAAUCAACAUAGAGCACCGGCCAUGAACCACCAGAGAAAAUGUUCACAGACCAUGAAGUAUUGGUGUUGCCUAUUUAAAUGGGAAAUUAACAUGCAAAUAAAGUGUUUAAUUAAUUUAUAAAGGCAUAAUGACAUGAUAAGAAUUCUGGAAUUGAUUACAAAUUUGAUA